CCAAUUAGUGACCUAGGUAGUUAUACAAGCUCUUGGGCUAUGGAUAAGCCUUGUGACAGUCGGAGUUGGCUGCGUAUGCUUGACCAACGGUAUUGAUCCGCGUUGACUUUACUACUGUGUCUCCCCGCAAUUUUUCCCGGGGUAGAAGAACAUGAGAUAGAUUUUCCGUUAUGAGGUAUAAAAGAUUCACACUGCAUUUCGGGAAGAGCGUGAGAGGGAUUGCUUGUUCAUACCAGCGGAUUCCCACCAUACAAUUUGGUCACCAUGCGUUCAUCGGGACUAUCACUCCUGUUGGGUGCCCUUUUGGCAUCGGCAAGCCCGCUCAAAACUUCUAGAUAUGCCUGUCAAACGGCCCUCAGCUGUCCGGAAGGAACAAUUCUUGUCUCCAAGACUGACCCCUCCGCCCAUUUCACCACUGUGCAAGACGCCAUUCUUUCCCUCCCGAAUGAUAACACCACCCAGACCAUCCUCAUCCUCCCAGGAACGUAUAAGGAGCAAGUAAAUGUUACUCGGUCCGGGCCUGUCACGCUCCUCGGACAGACUGAUGACCCUAACAAUGCUACCAAAAACAAGGUCACUCUUACCUGGGCCCAAGCCAACCAUGACAAUACCGGUCAGGCAGUGGAUAAUGUCUUCUCGAGCGUCCUGACCGUCGCGCCCACGCUGGAAUCAAGCUAUACAGGAUCGGGCACGACAGGAUAUCCUGUGCCAGAGGAUACACCUUUCGGCAACAUCGAUUUCCGGGCAUACAAUAUUGAUUUCACGAAUACCUGGCGAGACUACUCCGAUGGACCGGCGCAUGCGAUCAGCUUCAGUCGCGCCAAUGGCGGGUUCUAUCACUGCGGGUUCUAUUCUUACCAGGACACUGUUUACGUGGGUAAACUGGGCAACGCCUACUUCCACAAAAGUAUCAUCGCCGGCCAAACUGACUUUCUCUACGGUUUCGGCACUGCCUGGAUCCAAUCGUCUGAGAUUCUUCUACGCAACUGCGGCGGUGGUAUCACAGCUUGGAAAGGAACUAACACUACCUUCACCAACAACUACGGCGUGUACAUCGUCGAUUCUACCGUCAAGGCAGCCAAUACAUCCAUAGCUCCCGAUAUCCGGGGUAAAUGCGCUCUGGGCCGUCCAUGGAAUAGCCAGCACCGGUCUAUAUUCGCGCGCACCUCCGAAGACGCAAGUAUCAUUCCAGCUGGGUACAUCGACUGGAUUGUCGAUGGCGAGGGUCGCUUGAACAAGGAUACCGUCAUGGCUGAGUACAAGGUUUUCGGACCGGGCUUCAACGCCACAGGCCGAAGAGACGGAAACGUCACAAUAGUAAUGGACGACAAGGAGUACGCGAGAUACAGCUCCCCAGCAAGAGUCUUCCAGUAUCCAGACGGGAAAUCCGGGAACAUCGGCUGGAUCGACUGGAAUGUGGACAAGAACUGAUUGAAUUACUAUUAUCAUGCUCCAAAUACACACCCCUUCUCUCAAUCAUAUCAUACAUCUCCCUUCUUC